AUGUCGUCUGCCUCUCAGCAGUCCCUGGAGACUAUUUUGGCCGAGCUCGACAACCUAAAAUCGGCCAGUGUGCUUUCCGACGAAAAGUUCUCGUCUUUCACAAGGGCGUUCAACGAGCUGCUAGAUCAGGUGAAGCUGGAUCAGGCGAGAGCCGAUAGUCGGAUUUUUGUAGAGGCGAAAUACGAGUUUGUUGGGACAGAGGCGAAUGAUUUGAGCUUGAAGCCGGGUAUGAAGAUUGAAGUGCUCGAAAAGCUUAAUGCCGACUGGUGGCGCGGCCAGGCAGUGGAUUCGGGCACCGUGGGCAUUUUCCCCAGCAACUACAUUGAGGUUAUUGAGUCCAAGAACGCCGCCACGGCGAAUAAUACCAUUGCUGAAACCCCUGCCAAGAAGUCCGGCUAUUACGGCAAGAAAUCGGAGUCCGAUCCGAAACCGUUCAAUCCCAAGACGCAAUACAGCCCCCCUCCAAACUACCAAGUGCAGUCGUUUGACAAUCAGCACUCAAACUACCAGCAUCCAUCUCAGCUGCAAGCUCAGCAUACUCAGCCACCUGUUCAAUACGAACAAGAGUACCCCCAGCAGCCCGUCAUUGUCGAGCAGCAGCCACAAAGAAGACACCACCCAGUUCUGCACAGGUUUGGAGAAGCAGCAAUUUUCGGCGCAGGUGCUGCAGUCGGUGCUGAUAUUGUCAACAGUAUUCUUUAA